CCAUAAAAUAACGAACGGGAAAGAUCAUUCCGACAGCGUCCCGCCCCGUAGUGCACUUCAAAAUUGGCGCGUGGAGAGAUUCCAUUUCAUCGGAGACUCUAGCGGCAAUUGGAGAAAGGGUUUCGCGCCUUUCUCCAAGAAAAAUGGAAUUUGGAGAUGAAGAUGAUGAUUGGAACUUGACACUUGAAGAACUCGAUUCCCUCGAGAGAGAUGCUGUUCAGAAGAUCGCUCAACUUCAUUCCGCUGCUGCUUCUGCUUCUGCUUCUUCUUCUUCAGUAAACGUCUCUAUUCCUUGCUCUGCUUAUAAUCAACACUCUCAUCAGUUCGUUCAAUCAAAUGAGGCCAAAAUCUGCAACCUAAAACCUCAAAACCCUGCAUUUCAAUCUUCCAAACUCAAUCCUGCACGGGGUUCUCAUUCGCGCGGGGUGGAAACCCUUCCUCCCUUGGUCGGAGUAUUACCUUCAUCCGCUACGUCAAAAGAGCACAUUGGAGAUGAAGGUGCAAAGGAACUACCUAAGCUUUCUGUCAAAUUUUUUCUUCACAGCAGCGGGAACAUUGCCGCAAAAUUUUCAUACGAUCAGGUACUGGUAGAAGCUUUUCGAAAAAUCCCUAAAGCCACUUGGAACGCAAAAGAAAGAUUAUGGAUGUUUCCAAUAUCUAGUAUGUCAGCGGCAGAAAAUGUUUUACGCGACGUAGUUGGUUCUAAAGUUGAGGUAGAGAAGUUAGAUGGCUUGGUGCAUCGUGCUAUCAUAGCAGCUUCUCUGCUUCCUGAUCUACGAGACAAAUAUAACAGGUUACCUGCGGAUAUCGAAUCAAAGCUUUUACCCUUUCAGCGGGAAGGUGUUGGGUUUAUUUUACAGCAUGGAGGUCGUGCUCUUUUGGCAGAUGAAAUGGGGCUAGGGAAGACUUUGCAGGCUAUUGCUGUGGCUGCAUGUAUUCGUGAAUCAUGGCCCGUUCUUAUACUCGCACCAUCCUCCUUACGCUUGCACUGGGCUGCUAUGAUUCAGCAAUGGCUCAAAAUUCCUUCAUCAGAUAUUCAUGUUGUUUUGUCCCAAAAUUGCGGGUCAAAUAAGAGUGGAUUUACUAUCCUCUCCUCAAGCACCAAAAGCACCAUUCAUCUUGAUGGCCUUUUCAACAUCAUCUCCUAUGAUGCGGUUCAGAAGUUACAGAAUAUUCUAAUGGCCUCGGACUUUAAGGUUGUUAUUGCAGAUGAGUCACACUACAUGAAAAAUGCUCAAGCAAAGAGGACGGUCGCUUGUUUGCCCAUUAUACAGAAAGCUCAGUAUGCUAUUUUGCUUAGUGGAACUCCAGCAUUGUCUCGACCAAUUGAACUCCUCAAGCAGUUGGAAGCAUUAUAUCCAAAUGUGUAUAAAAGUGUUCACGAGUAUGGCAACAGAUAUUGCAAGGGUGGAACUUUUGGAUUAUAUCAAGGUGCAAGUAACCAUGAAGAAUUACACAAUCUGAUGAAAGCAACCUUGAUGAUCCGCAGGCUUAAAAAGGAAGUUCUUUCUGAGCUCCCUCUGAAGCGUAGGCAACAGGUGUUCCUUGAUUUGGCUGAGAAGGACAUAAGGGGAAUUAAAGCUUUAUUUUGUGAGUUGGAGGUUAUUAAAGGAAAAAUUAAGGCCUGCAGAUCAGAAGAGGAGGUAGAAUCACUGAAGUUUCAACAAAAGAAUCUUAUUAAUAAGAUAUACACUGAUUCUGCUGAAGCCAAGAUUCCAGCAGUUCUUAAUUAUUUAGAGACUGUGGUUGAGGCAGGUUGCAAGUUUCUGGUCUUUGCUCAUCAUCAGCCCAUGAUUGUUGCUAUACACCAGUUCUUUCAAAAAAAGAAAGUGAACUGCAUUCGAAUUGACGGGGGUACUCCGUCAGCAACACGGCAAGCUCUGAUUGCAGACUUUCAGCAGAAAGAUUCUAUCAGGGCAGCAGUGUUAUCUAUCAGAGCUGCAGGUGUCGGGCUAACGUUAACCGCUGCCAGCACGGUUAUCUUUGCCGAGCUUUCUUGGACCCCGGGUGAUCUGAUUCAAGCUGAAGAUCGUGCUCAUAGAAUUGGACAGGUGUCUUCUGUUAACAUACAUUAUCUACUGGCGAACGACACAGUCGAUGAUAUCAUAUGGGAUGUUGUUCAGAGCAAGUUAGAAAAUUUAGGACAGAUGCUGGAUGGGGAAGAGAACACAUUGGAAGUGGCAGUGAAGCAGCAGCCAGCUUCAAGCAGCAGUCCAAAUUCAAAGCAAAAGACAUUAGACUCAUUCAUUAAGCGCUGCAGCAAUGUAAGUGCUGAUACUCAAUCCAAGUUGAAACUUCCCAGGCAUUAAAUCAUACAAUCAUUUUGCUGCACCUAAGAAAAGGAAUAUCUUUUUCUUGAUCUUAUAGUUAACUCCUUUGUAUUAAAGCUAAAAUUCACCUCUUAAUUAUGAAUACUUGGAAUUUUAAUUUUUGAAACC